UCAACUACUUUAGAACUUUGUUUCAUCACUCCCUACAUUGCUUGCUGAAAUUGCAACCGGUAACCUGUGCUUCAGUUCCAAUCCCAGCAUAUAGUCACGUGAGCUGCAUAUGCAACCCUCCAGUUCAAUUAAGAAAGACAUUCCCUAUUUCCCUUCGAUCUUUCAUACAUAGACUGACACACUCACUUCACUUACCUCAGUUGACCACUAUUUUGCUUCAGAAAAACCCUUCAAAACCACUUCCAAUGGCCUCAGCCACGCAAGCAGCGACGAUCUACGGCGGUCUCUUCACCGCCGCCGCUCCUCUCCAAACAAAGCGUCGGUCUUUCACCUUCAGAAUCACAGCCUCAUCAAACUCCUCCAACCCACCCAUCGUCGGCCGUAAGCUCCGCGCCGCCGUCAUCGGCGCCGGUCCCGCCGGGUCCUCCGCCGCCGAGGCCUUGGCCGCCGGCGGAGCCGAGUGCUUCCUCUUCGAGCGAGCCCCCUCGGAAGCCAAGCCCUGCGGCGGAGCCAUCCCUCUCUGCAUGCUCGACGAGUUCGACAUCCCGGCACGCCUCAUCGACCGCCACGUCACCCGCAUGAGGAUCUUCUCCCCCUCCAACCUCGCCGUCGACUUCGGCAAGACCCUCCGCCCCCACGAGUUCAUCGCCAUGCUCCGCCGCGAGGUCCUCGACUCCUUCCUCCGCGACCGCGCCCAGUCCCGCGGCGCCUCCCUCAUCUCCGGCCUCGUCACCCGCCUCGAGAUCCCCGCCUCCUCCUCCCCCCACGCGUCCUACGUCGUCCACUACACCAAGGACCACGCGCGCCACGCUCUCGCCGUGGACGUCGUCGUCGGCGCGGACGGCGCCAACAGCCGCGUCGCCAAGUCGAUCAGAGCCGGAAGCUACGCCUGCGCCAUCGCUUUCCAGGAGAGGAUCAAACUCCCAGACGACAAAAUGGCCUACUACGAAGACCUCGCCGAAAUGUACGUCGGAAACGACGUGUCGCCCGACUUUUACGCCUGGGUCUUCCCCAAAUGCGACCACGUGGCAGUGGGCACGGGCACUGUGUGCUCCAAGCAGGACAUCAAGGUCUUCCAAAGAGCCAUCAGAGCCAGAGCCAAUGCCAAGAUCAGCGGUGGCAAGGUCAUCAAGGUGGAGGCCCACCCGAUACCCGAGCACCCCCGCCCCACGCGCGUGAGGGGGCGCGUGGCGCUCAUUGGCGACGCCGCCGGGUACGUGACCAAAUGUUCCGGCGAGGGGAUUUACUUUGCGGCGAAAUCGGGGAGAAUGUGCGGUGAGGCGAUAAUAAAGGCGUCGGAGGGAGGGGAGAGGAUGAUCAAUGAGGAGGAUUUGAAGAGGGAGUAUUUGAAAGAGUGGGAUGCUAAGUACAUUACGACGUUUAGGUUCUUGGACUUGUUGCAGAAGGUGUUUUAUGGUAGUGAUGCGGCUAGAGAAGCUUUGGUGGAGCUGUGUGGGGAUGAGUAUGUGCAGCGCAUGACGUUCGAGAGUUACUUGUACAAGAAGUUAGCUGAUGGGAAUAGGUGGGAUGAUGCUAAGAUGGUUUUGAAUACCGUUGGGAGUUUGAUGAGGUGUAACGUUUUGGGGAGGAAAAUGGACGCUUUGAAGAUUUGAUUGAUUGCGCCGCAAGUCUCUGGUUUCGUUUAGAUGGAACUGUGGUUGGGGGCAGCAUUUCUGUUGUGUUGUAUGCGGUUUGAUUUCUUUCUUGAUGGUGUUGGUUAGGUGAAGAACUUGAAGUGAUUCAAGGCAUGUUGAACUUGGUGGGGAGCUACUUUGCAGGUUCUUUCAUUUACCAAGUGACUAUCGUUCUGAACAAUCUACAUUUCUAUGUGUAUUAAUAAUGUAUGAUCAUGCAAAUACUUGCAGAGCACCUGUUGCCUAAAAAGAUGCACUUGAAUUGCUUUCUUCUCCAUCUCGAUUAUCAAAUUGUUUGGGGUUACUUUGUCACCUUGAUAUAGUCAAGAGAGCCACAAUUUGGGCAGUUGCUCAUGAAAUUAUGCUGUUGAGAAAUUUCCAAUCAUCGACAGAUAUAUGAAUUUUGUGAUCAUCAUCAGUUUUAUCUCCUACUAAGUUAUUCUUACUUAGGCCAGUACAUGAAACUACAAGGCUUUUGCAUUCUAUCGCCAGAUACAUAGCUGAAGAGCCGAGCAGAAAAGAGGUCCAAGGAUGCCCUUG